AUGUUGACGCACCGUCGAGGCUCCGCAUUGCGUGGAGAAAAUAGUUUAGCUGCUAUCUGUACACUCAUUGAAUACAGUAAUCUUGAUCGUAAAUCAAAACUUGAUAGUACUGGUCGUAUUUGUUAUGAGCUGAAAAAUGAUCCAUUGCUACUUGAUAGUUUUCCGAUAGAACGAUUGAUGAAAGCUAUGCGUCGAUUAGUAUGUGACUCGGAUACAUCUACCCGUGCGGGGGUACUAAGGGCUCUGCGCUACGCUAUUAGCAGUAGUGGAAGUAUCAAGAACUUUAUCGAUUUGAAUCUACCAGUGUUUGUUGUGCGCUCAUUAGAUCGUGAGCAGAAAUAUUUGGCAGAGAGAGUACAAGCUUUGAAAGUAGUACGAAGGGUAAUGGAAAUUGAUGCUGCUCAGAUGCCAACAGGUCUUGUAGCAUCUUUGACAGCCAUUGCAGGACACAAAGAUGAUAAUAUGCGGCGAGUAUGUUUGGAGACGCUACGAGAGCUGGCGUUGCUGAAUGUGGAGGUCGUGGCCGAGGCCAAUGGUACUAAGAUACUAGUAGAUGCCAUUUUGGAACCGUCGUUCCAGGAUCUCGCUGACUCACUGCUUAUGACACUAUUGCUGAUUCUAAACGAACCGUCUACGCGCAAGUUUAUUGAGCCUUUUGUAGAUUCACAGGUGCUUAUGGCACCAUUUACAGAUACCGAUCUCCCAGCAGGCAAUGAGCGGAGACAACGAUGGAUGGCAAGUCGAAACGCUAUUGUUACUAUGAUGCGGUCGUGGACAGGAAUGGUUGUGCUCACGAGCAAUCCACAAGGUCUGCAAUCACUGACUCAGCUACUGGUACGGCCGGUGGGCGAGGAUGUACAGAAAGCAGUAUUGUCCACUAUCUGCGAAAUCUUUUACAAGAGAACGAGCUUUGACCAGUCAGCAGCAGAUGCAGCAGCCGACACACCAGCUCUCCCUUCAACACUAUCAAGUACAGAACAGUUGCCACUAGCAGUCAAUCACAAUUUGCUGGAUAACUACACGGUCAUUAUUCUGCUAGCUAUGAUUCACUGUGGUAUCUUGGAGGCACUAGUGACUCUAGGUACGGGUCCGUCUCGAUCGUUAGCUGAGCCAGCAAUGGAUCUGCUGGCUGACAUAUUGAAAAUGGCCUCGCGCUUGCUUCCAGACCAGCACUGUGCGUCUUUACUUGCGCUUCCGCGGUUAGUAUCAUCGACUUCGCUCACGGCUGCGACUACGAUGUCUCUCGGCGACCAUGCUAAGAGCCUUUUGGAGCGUUUACAACGCGAAAAGUCGAUUCGAGCUAGUGAAAUGCUGGGCGAGCUGGCGAAUGCCGUUGGCGCGAAUUCAGGUAGCAUUGCUACGCGUGGUGUAUCUUUAGUCUCCUAUGGUGGGAGCGGGAUCAAUGGUGUGCAGCUGGCAUCCGAGCUCCUACGCGAUACGAAUCGACCGUCAAAUUUGCUUGCUCUUCAGCAGAUUGCAGGUGUCGUGCGCCUUCCUUCAUCUAGUGGUGGUGGUGGCAUUGGCGGAACUAGCGGUGGCUCUGUUAGCUACGCUGUCGCUGCUCCUUCAACACAGCGUGGCACAAAGAGUGCAACGGCGCAACUGAAGGAUAGCUUGACAUCGCGCGAAUUGAUGGUUCUCGAGCUUAAGCAAUCGCUGGAUGCACAGAUGGACGACAGCACUUUUAAGGACAUGCUGCACAACCGUGCACGCGUACUGACAGACAAGAACUACAAGAACUGGAACUGGGACAUCAUCUCCGAGAUGCUUGAGGGCCCGCUUACAAACCCGCAGCGGCUUUCGGAAGCUAUGAAAACAAAGUUUUUCAAGAGGUUGUCAGGUUUCUUUCGUUGCGACCAAGGCAACAAGGGUUAUUUUUCUAACCUGUACUGGAUACCAGAUCACGUGCCUUAUCUGCGUCCGGCCUGUCAAAUGUAUACGCUACUGUUGAACCACCCAGAGGGUUUGCUCUUCUUGAAGACUGAUCGUCGUGGUCAACUGCUUACGGAGAUUUCGUCAGCGCUAGAGCUGGAGGCACGACCUGAAGCUGCUAUCGUAGAGUCGCACAUUGGUGUGCUUAAGGCCCGUAUGUUUUCGCCUGAUUAUGUGUCGCGGCGAAUGUUGCGCGAGUACUUCACGCUAUUGGGACUGAUGAGUUCGAGCAAAGAAGGCCUGAAGAUGAUGGAGCAGUCAAACUUGUUCCAGCGGCUUUAUGUCAUGGGGACUACGAAGGGUCAUGACUUUCUCUGUCGUCUUAUUCUAGCCAAUCUCGACUACUCGGUUGACGGCAGCUCUCGCAAGCUACUCCAGUCUUGGAUGAUGGAGGGUUCUAAGGCGCUUCGUCUGUAUGCGACCUGUUUGUUACGUGCGUUGUUGCGCUCUGAGGUGGCGGAUUUUGAUAAGUGGGGUAUUGACGCAUUGGUGACACAGCUGACACAGGAAGAGGAGGUUGCCAAAGCAGCACUGAGUGUACUGGAAGAGGCUGCUGAGACGCCUGCAUGUCUUUUAGCGAUGAUUCUAAAGCGGCCGAUCAAACUCAUUCAACUUAAGGACAAACGAGCCGAGUCGCUGCUUCUCAAGUCGCUCUCGCUCGCUGAGGGACUGAACUUCCUCCGUGACACUGGUGACUGGAUUCCGCGCACACUUGCUUCCUGGCGUCGUGAAAAGCACAUUUCGUACGUGCAUGCCGUAGAGCACGCACUUUUCCGUGGCUUACAUCGUGACGCAGCUGGACGCGAACGCGGAUCGAAUAGUAGCUCGACCCACACCCGUCAAACAUGUUCCCCCACGCCAAUUCCUGUGAAUGUACCUAUAAAGAAAGGUGGUGGCGUUGGGCUUAAACCGCCUAGUGGUGGAAGUAGUCAGCGUUCUCUAUGGGGUCUGGAUUGGCUUUAUCAGGACGAGACGACCGGCAUCGACGAUGAGCUUCGCAUGAACUCGAUCCGUGUUAAAGGAAUCGUUGUGGACGCACGCAAUAUGCCACAACCAGUUGUGGUAAAUUCACAGCAAACAUUGCAAGCUUGCUUAUUUCUGGGCACACAACCAGUUGAUCGGCGCGGAUUUACGAAGCCUCCUCCUCAGAGCAAUGGCGGUUUCGUGUCCACGAGCGGAUCUGCUAGCGGUGGUGGGGCUUCUCUCUCUAGCGAUACCCAGCAAAAGAUGUUGCGCGCGCGAUCGGCAUCCAACUCAGCUGGAGGAAGCACGGACCGCAAUUCGGAGACGAUGUCUUCGUCGCUGGACUUUGCCGAUACUGGGUCAUCUCCGGUGGACGCAGCAAAGGAAGAGAAUAAGGACUGGAGCUCGUGCCAACCAGAACAGCGCUCACCUCAGUACUUGUCGGCGCCAGAGUGUUCACUAUGUGCCCCUGGUGAACGUGCUGUGUGGAACUUUCGUGUAGAAAUGGACUCUGUUGCGGGAAGCAAUACUUCAAAUGGCAGUGUAAAACGACUUAUGCUCAAGUCGGUCGAAUUUACGCUGCAAUUGCUGCCUCUUCGUCCGCGUACGGUGCCUCUACCGGUACACUUGUACGGUGAGUUGGCAAAAACAAGUGCUGGCUGUCAGAUUCUGCACGCAUCUGGACAUUUGCCGGAAUUUCUCGCAUGUCUUCAAGAUGCUGCGAGUGUUCCACUUGAAAAACGUGCUGCGUUAUGGGCGCUGGGUCACGUAUCCGCCACACCACGCGGUUACGAUCUUCUGAGCCAUUAUCCGCAAGACUUUGUGGAGAUGAUCGUGAAGUUGGCCACAGAUUCACCGCUUAUAUCCAUUCGCGGCACAUGCUUUUUCGUACUGGGCUUGCUAGCUCGGUCACCUGCAGGUCGGCGGCAUCUAGCUCGUCUUGGAUGGGACGCUCCGCGUGAUGCGUCUCGUACUUCCAUUGCUGUCCCCCAAAACUGCACUUCUCUCUUUUUGUGGCCAUCGUCUAGAUCAGUGAACUCCUGUCCGUUAACGCAAACGCCCCGCGCGUCGCCACUGCAGCGACUGCUAAUACGCCGACGUGACAAGAUGCCCAAUGAGUGGCAAGAAGUGCUGCGGUUUGUUGCAGACUUGAGUAAUCACAUCACACAGAAGGAGGCACAUGCCUCGCUCAACAAGUUGCGUUCAUCGAAGUCUGAGUUAUUUAAUGAACCGGUGCUGUUAAUGUACGUACACGCGUUAUUGGAGAAGUACAGCUAUCGGUUGGCUCUGCGGCAGUUUGUACUUAACGCGUUCGACCGAGCGACACUGACUGACGAAGUGCUCGAUACGCUACGAAUGGAGGAUGAGAAAGAGCAGGGCAACCAAACGCACCAGCGUGUGCCAACUGGACAAGAACUACGGCAACGUCGAUCAUCACCUUCCAUCCCGUCGUUUACGGCCUCGGUCCAAUCACUGAAUUCAGCCAUGCAGGCUUCUGGUGUUUCACGUAUGUCAUCGUCCAUGCAGAACGCCCUAAGCUCCGACCAGCGUUCAACAAUGCGGCUAAACGCACAUAAUGACCCUAUCGAUCGCACUGUACUGCUGAAACGCAGUCGCAAGCGCUCUGCUUUUUCGGAGAAAACGAUUGUUGUCGGUGCUCCUGAAGCUGCUGUGUAG